CAGGUGCACCUCCGGACCCAAGACAUGUCCUGCUACAACCAGUGCCUGCCCUGCCAGCCCUGCGGCCCGACCCCGCUGGCCAACAGCUGCAAUGAGCCCUGUGUCAGGCAGUGCCAGGACUCCACCGUCGUCAUCCAGCCCUCCCCCGUGGUGGUGACCCUGCCCGGCCCCAUCCUCAGCUCCUUCCCACAGAACACCGCCGUGGGCUCCUCCACCUCCGCUGCCGUUGGCAGCAUCCUCAGCUCUGAGGGAGUGCCCAUCUCCUCCGGGGGCUUUGGCCUCUCCGGCUUUGGCAGCCGCUACUGCGGCAGGAGGUGCCUCCCCUGCUAAAGCUGCUGGCGAUGGCCCUGGGCAAGGCCACCAGGGACCCAGGAGAUGGUACC